AAGAUGGCACCGGUGGAGCACGUUGUAGCUGAUGCUGGAGCUUUCCUGCGGGACGCGCCCCUGCAGGACAUCGGGAAGAACAUCUAUACUAUCCGGGAGGUGGUCAGCGAGAUUCGGGACAAGGCCACGCGCAGGCGGCUCGCCGUCUUGCCCUACGACCUGCAUUUCAAGGAGCCCUUCCCGGAGUAUGUACGGCUGGUGACUGAGUUUUCAAAGAAAACCGGAGACUACCCCAGCCUCUCUGCCACAGACAUCCAAGUGCUGGCACUCACCUACCAGUUGGAAGCAGAGUUUGUUGGGGUGUCCCACCUAAAACAAGAACCAGAAAAGGUUAAAGUAAGCUCAUGGGCUCACCAUCCAGAAACUCCUCUUCUCAUUUCUGGUUUCCAUCUGCCCUCAGAGCCUAAAGCCCCACGAGAAACAGUAACCCAUGGACACCCAGGCAGUGAUCCUGAGAACCUAGAAUUCAGUUCCUUUGUGUUCUGGAGAAACCCUUUGCCUAAUAUUGAUUCUGAACUCCAGGAGCUGCUGCUUGACAGAGGUGAGAGUGUUCCAGGUGAGGAGGAGGAAGAAGAGAGUGGAUUUGAAGAAAGGGAAGAUGAAGAUAGUGAUGACGAGGGUGGGUGGAUAACCCCCAGCAACAUUAAGAAGAUUCAGCAGGAGUUUGACCAGUGCCACAUCCCAGACAACGUGCAGGUUGGCUGCGUGACAACAGACUUUGCCAUGCAGAACGUGCUGCUGCAGAUGGGGCUGCAUGUGCUGGCGGUGAACGGCAUGCUGAUCCGAGAGGCCCGGAGCUACAUCCUGCGCUGCCAUGGCUGCUUCAAGACAACAUCUGACAUGAACCGAGUAUUCUGUUCCCAUUGUGGAAACAAGACCCUAAAGAAAGUGUCCGUGACAGUCAGUGACAAUGGCACCCUCCAUAUGCACUUUUCCCGUAACCCUAAGGUGCUGAACCCUCGAGGCCUCCGGUAUUCACUUCCCACUCCCAAGGGGGGCAAAUAUGCCAUCAACCCUCAUUUGACUGAGGACCAGCGCUUCCCUCAGCUGCGACUCUCCCGAAAGGCCAGGCAGAAAACCAACGUGUUUGCCCCUGACUACAUAGCUGGGGUCUCUCCCUUUGCCGAGAAUGACAUUUGCAGCCGGUCAGCUGCCUUGCAGAUCCGAGAUAGCACGUUCGGGGCCGGGAGGAGGCGGUUAAAUCCCAAUGCUUCCAGAAAGAAGUUUGUGAAGAAAAGGUGA